GGAACUAAACCUUAUCCACGAGCGAAGAAAAUCAGAAAUGGCGGAGAAGCAUGAGGCUGAGCUACUGGAGGAUUUCAGCGGGAUAAUCAAGCUUUACAGUGACGGAUCAGUUGUCCGAGGAGACGAUUCUUCCUUCUUCUCACACUCUCCAGAUAACAAUAAAUAUGAAAGUUUGGAUUUCAAAUAUAAGCAUGUGGAAUACAAAGACGUGGUGUUGGACGAGGAAGUUGGAUUGUGGGCGCGCCUCUACCUGCCGCCUGAAACGACGAGCAAGACGCCCGUAGUCAUGUACUACCACUGUGGUGGCUUUAUCCUCUUUAGCCCUGCAACGCUCUUCAUACACCAUAAGUGCCAGCUGUGGGCGGCCACGCUAGGCGUCCUCAUCGUUUCGGUGAAUUACAGGAUGGCUCCUGAGCACCGCCUUCCUUGUGCCUACGAUGACUCCAUCGCAGCGCUGCACUGGCUCCAACUGCAGGCCCUGGCGGCCGAAGGAGCGGAGACUUGGUUGCACUCCCACGCCGACUUCUCUAGGGUGUUUAUUGCAGGCGAAAGCGCGGGGGGGAACAUUGCACAUCACGUGGGCGUGUGGGCGAGGAAGGCAAAGGCGGAGAUGGAAAUUAAAGGACUGAUUUUGCUCUACCCGUUCUUCGGGUGCGAAGAGCGCACGGCUUCGGAGAAACAAAACUCGCCGGAGUUUAGUUUGGAGAUGUCAGAUACCAUGUGGAGGCUUGCCCUGCCUAUGGGAAGCAACAGAGAUCAUCCAUUCUCGAAUCCGCUAAUAGAAGGAGCCGCUGUCUCUGCUCUUGACCUUCCGGAAAUUCUCUUUGUGAUUGCAGGGCACGAUAUACUGAGAGAUCAACAGAUGCAGUACUGUGAGUUUCUCAAGAAACGUGGGAAACAAAUUCUUGUGCAUGUGUGUGAGGAGGAAGACCACGGCUUCCUUUCCUUAAAACUGGAGGAGCCUGUCACGGUUGAGACCCUCCGUGGCAUCUCUGACUUCAUAAAAUGAAAAUAGUGUCCUCACAGGGGGCUUGUCGAAGUUGCUUCCGCGGCUAUUUGGUACUUUAUAUCGUAGUUUAUUUUCCGAAAGUAUGUUUGUACUGUUAAUUUUAUGAAGUUGGAUACUUUUAAUCGA